UUUUACUACUCGCUAUAGAGUGGCGGAAAUGACGUCCUCCCGCAAAGGACACUCGCAGAGAAAUGGUCUCCGUAAAAAAGGAUGCAAACACUCGGCAAAAUAUAGACGCAGGAAGGCCAGGAAGAUGAAAUUAUUAUUAGCAGUUCACAUUUUAAUCUUUUUGGCCAGCUUUACAUUCGGAUGCGUUUUCUUGACUAUUUUUUGCGGCUGGAACUUAAAAAAUGCUGAGAAUUUUAAGCCCAUUGACGAGGUCUUGUUGGCGAAGCUCAUGCACAGAUCGAUAGACCUGAAAGCAACGGUUAUUGAGAGACUCCACUUUGAAUAUCAAACGAAGCGGUCCAAGGCAAUCGCGCAGAAGAUACGGAUUCUGUGCUGGGUGUGCACUUGGAAAGGACACCACCAGCGAAAGGCGGUGCACAUCAAAUCGACCUGGGGACGUAGGUGCGACAAGCUGCUCUUCGUCAGCGAAUUCCCAGGCAAGUUAUCUCUAUACUGUCUCUCUUUUAACAUGGAAAAAAUAUUUUAAAGAAAAACAAAAUUAAUAUCAAGAUGGGUUGUUGAAAUUAAAACAUAAAAAAUCCAAAAAUCCGGCCCUUCUAUAAUAAUGAGACUCACGAAAAUUUUUCUUGGCCUGAAUUUGCAUCCACAGACAAGGAUUUGCCAACCGUGGCAGUUGACGCGCAAGCAUCCAAAUUGGGGCUGGCGAUGAAAACAUUUCACGCAUUCAAAUAUAUCUACAAGCACCACUUCGGAAAAUACGACUGGUUUUUAAAAGCUGACGACGACACGUACAUCGUGAUGGAGAACCUGAAGAAAAUGCUGGCGGCGCACAGUUCCGAGGAGCCGCGGUAUUUCGGGCUUCACAUGAAACAAAACGACGAACGCAUGGACGCAAAUCUGGCCCCCGACGGAUACAUGACUGGCGCAGCUUACGUGCUGAGCAGCGAGUCUUUGAAGCGGCUGGCAACGCAUGCGUUUAGAGGCGAAACUCCGAACUGCUCUCUCGUGACCAACGAGACUGGAGAGGAUUUGCUCAUGGCUCAGUGCUUGCAUCAAGUCGGGGUCAAGCCAGCCGACACGAGGGACUCGGAGGGAAAUAACCAAUUUUCCCACUUUGACGUUGAAACUAUGGUGAAUGGAAAUUUGUCCGAGGAGUAUUGGUACUGGCGCCAUGUUGUCUGGCCUCAACCAGAAGGAAAUCAGCAGACGAAAGUGCCAAUUUCUUUUCACUACAUGGCCCCGCAUAAAUUUUAUUUCAUGGAAAGCCUUAUUUACAACACAAAGAUUGUGGGAGUGAAAAAUCUGCAAAUGUUUGAGCGAGAGAAUUACAAUGUUUCAUUGUCCCCCAUCGCAAGAACUUAAAUACCAAAAUCAGGCAAAGUUUGAUUGAAUAAAAGAAAAGGAUUUUCUAAUUCACCGAUAAAUAGCACGCUGUAAUUAUUUACGAGCAACAUACUAAGCAUUUUGAAUGCGUUUAAAUCCGGACGGCAGUGAGGACGGCGACGACGCCCCGAGAGAGUGCAACGACCUCAUCUGAGCGCCUUUUCAUCUUCUCGAGGAUCGCGGAUGCUUUAUAAAUAGUAACUUAAGGAUUUUAACUAGAAUUGUAUAGCCUCUAGUUUUUCUUCCGUUUGUAAAUCUGGCAGUUCCUUCGGUAGGUCUCGCAUUUUUUUCACAACCGCAUUUUCUACUCCAUUUAGUUAUUUUAUUGCCUAUUUUUAUGUGCCAUAUUUUUAAAUAUAAAAAGACCACUGUCACAAUUUUAGCUCUUAAAAUCUUCCUUUUUACAAUAAAAUUUUCAACAAAUUUUGAAUCUGGUCUUUUAAGUUACAGCAAUCCUCCAAUGAUGUCGGAUAUAUUACGUGAAUGAAUCCCUGAUGAAUUUAAAUAAACUAAUACCGUUUAAA